AUGAGGGCGACAGACGAGCGGGUCGCUUGCUCUGCGCGUACCUCGGGUAACCACAACGAGCUUGGGGAGCUCCCGGAGCUGCGGGUGCGAGCAGAGAGAAGUGCCCAGGGGGAGCCGGGGGCCGUGCUGGUGGACUGCGGAGACCUAACCCUGCCUCGUCCCUUGUUUGCAGAGGAGGACGGCGAGCUCUACAAGGCCGAGGAGUGCGACCUGGACUGCAGCAGCAGCAGCCGGCCGAGCCGCAGCCCCGACAGCGAGCUGCAGGACGACGAGGAGCUGUGCGGCGAGGAGAGCAGCACCAGCACCACCACCACCAGCACCGCCACGGGCGGCAGCGCCUCGGCGGCUCCCGGAGAGCCCGAGCCGGGCCACCACCACCAUCACCACCAGCAGCAGCAGCAGCAGCAUCACGCCGAGGCCACCCCGCAGCCCCCUCCUCAACCCCAGCAGCCUCCUCCCUCGGCAGCGCCCGGCGGGGGGCAGCAGAGCCAGCAGCAGGCUAAGCCCAAGAGGAAGCGCACGGGCUCGGACUCCAAGUCGGGGAAGCCCCGACGGGCUCGGACAGCUUUCACCUACGAGCAGCUGGUGGCGCUGGAGAACAAGUUCAAGUCCACGCGGUACCUGUCGGUGUGCGAGCGCCUCAACCUGGCGCUCUCCCUCAGCCUCACCGAGACGCAGGUGAAGAUCUGGUUCCAGAACCGCCGCACCAAGUGGAAGAAGCAGAACCCCGGCGCCGACACCAGCGCGCCCACCGGCGGCGGCGGCGCGGGCGGAGGAGCGGGGGGCGGCGGUUUAGGGGGCGGCCUCAGCCCCCUCAGCCACUCGCCGCCCAUGGGCAACCCGCUCUCCAUGCACGGGCCCGGCAGCUACGCCGGGCAUCCCGCCGGGGGGCUGGUGUGCGCCGCCCAGCUGCCCUUCUUGCCCAGCCCCGCCGUCCUCUCGCCCUUCGUGCUGGGCUCGCAGACUUAUGGCGCCCCCGCUUUCUACACCCCGCACCUAUAAGCCCGCCGCAGUCCCCACGGAAACCCGCCUCAGGCGGCAGGGUGGGUGCGGGGAGGGGUUGUGGGGGUGCGAGGGGGAAGCUCCGAGGAUGGGACGGGG